GGCAUGAAUGAGCAGUAGAGAUCAUUACUCACACCAACUCCAGAGACUCAGGGAGGCAACAUGGGGGCGCAAAAACUCACCCUCAUCACCUUCUUUAUCAGCAACGUUUUCCUGUCUCUACAAACUAAUGAAGGUCAGUGGCUGUGUCUAUGUUGGGGUGAAUGAGUGAGAACCCCUGUAUGGUUGUUAUACUUCCAACCCUCUCUGAAAGUUGGAGUGAGGUGUUGGAGUGAGUGGUCCUGUCCUGGACUUCUAUUGGGGUAACGGCUUGAGUUACCCUGGCUGGGAACUUUAUUGAAGUAUCGGUGUAAGUGGCCCUGGCUGACUUAGACAUUUUUUGGGGUGACAGUGUGAGUGGCUCUGACUGGGCGCUUUCGUGGGGUGACAGUGUGAGUGGCUCUGACUGGGAGCUUUCUUGGGGUGACAGUGUGAGUGGCUCUGACUGGGAGCUUUCUUGGGGUGACAGUGUGAGUGGCUCUGACUGGGAGCUUUCUUGGGGUGACAGUGUGAGUGGCUCUGACUGGGAGCUUUCGUGGGGUGACAGUGUGAGUGGAUCUGACUGGGAGCUUUCUUGGGGUGACAGUGUGAGUGGCUCUGACUGGGAGCUUUCGUGGGGUGACAGUGUGAGUGGAUCUGACUGGGAGCUUUCUUGGGGUGACAGUGUGAGUGGCUCUGACUGGGAGCUUUCUUGGGGUGAUAGUGUAAGUGGUCCUGGCUGGGAGGUUUUUGGGGUGGUAGUGUGAGUGGUCCUGGCUGGGAGGUUUUUGGGGUGGUAGUGUGAGUGGUCCUGGCUGGGAGGUUUUUGGGGUGGUAGUGUGAGUGGUCCUGGCUGGGAGUUUAUAUCAGGAUGUCAGUGUAAAAGAAACUUGGUGUUAACCUAUUGCUCCCCGUAUUGCUGGUUUUACGAUUUGCUAGUGUGACAUUUGCAGGGUUAUUCACUGGUGAGAUUUCUAAGUAAAUUUAAGGUCAAAAUAACUGAAUGGGAAAAAUCCUCUGUCAGCUAUGCUUCCAGUUCUGCUACUCUGGCCUUAAAUUUGAAAUUCACUUAGAAUUCUCACUUUAUUGAAUAACCCUGUCAGUGAAUUUGGGCUUCAUUAAGAAUUUGUUGUCUUUGACUUUCAGACUUGAGGGAUUUUAGAUUUUCCUGAUCUGUAUAAAUGACAGACAUACUGACAGCUGUUACUUGUGCCCCCAUUGUUGGUAAUGUGGGGGGCUGUUACCCUGGAAGUGAGUAACGCUGAAUUUAUGGCUGGGUUGUGGCUGGAACCGGUCUGUUGUGUUGGGGAAUUUGUCACUGUGUGAAUGUGCGCUGACUACUUCUUCAGGUUCUUUUACAUAGUUUGCCCAUGCUGCAAUGUUAGGGUCAAUACUGAAUAACAGAUUCAUUAUUAACCAUUUCUCAGUGCUAUAAACCCUCUCUAACAGGUUGCUUAUAGACCCAGUUGCUGGAAGUUUGUCUGAACUCCAAGUGGGUUUGUAAUUUCAGUGGUUCAGGAGGUUUAUUUUUACAGAUUCUGGUUCUAGUCUUUCCCUGUGGUUACUAGAGGGGUGCUAGGCUUGGUUGCUAGUCUCUGUCCUAUGGGUGUUGGUAAUUUACCCCCUGCUUCUCUGUAAAUUUGGUGUAGAUUUUAAGAUCAUAUGUUUCAGGUUGAUAAGAAAAAAAGAAAACGAUGUUAAUAGAGUUGGUUACAUCGUAUUCUAGCAUUAUACUUCCGAGUGAUACUUUAUCAUUUAGUCUGUAGAAAGCUGUGUGUUUUCUAUGUUUAUGCCCCCUGAGUGGGGCUUGAAUUUUAAUGAAAGGCUGCCCCUUCAGAUUUUCUUUGGUUCCUAUGUUCUCUCCUAUUAUCCCAGUGGCAUUGGACUCCUCAUAUCUGAAACUCUGACUAACUACACGAUUAUUAGUGAAGCCCCUGUUUCUCUCACCAAACCAUUUCCUGUUCUAAAUGCACUUCAGUAGAUCCUCAUCUGAGGGUCUUUGUAACGGUUAUUCCUUCAGUAAUACCUUAUGUUUAAUUGUUUUGUAUAAUUAGAACGCUUCAGCUAUGUGAUCACAUGCAGGCUGUGAAUAAUGGGAAUAAAAAAAAGUGCCAGAUAUAUUUUGGAACAAUGUGUUGAAUAUGUAAGCUUCAAAAAUAGUAAGUGAAGGCCCCAGGGAGACUCUGCUUUCUUUUAUAGAUUCCAUGUGCCAAGGGAACCCACGUGGCACACACCAGACUUCACAUUCUCUCUAGAACUGUAAAGACAGGGUACCAUGGAGUAACAGAUUACAGAAGUCAUGAGUACAGGGUACCAUUGAUCUAUGGUUCCUGACCCUGACUUCAACCUGAGACCUAGUAUAUGGGGUACCAUGGAAUAACAGAUUAAUGAAACCAGAACUAUAGAGUACCAGAGAGUAGCAGGUGAAUACAAUUCCAGUGAACAAGAUGCCAUAGACUAUAUAGGGUAAUUGAUAGUUACCAAAUAUUAGAUUCCAUAUUCAAGGUAUGGAAGAACAGGUGAUCAGACUAAUUUUAGUUUCUCUUAAUUAUAGGUUGCAAUAAAAUGUUCAAUUUUUUUUCUCAGGUGUACAUAAUACUUUUACAACAUCCAGUAUGUACCUGUCACAGCUGCUCAGAUCAUUUUGCAUACAGGAUUUUUAUUUUACCCCUUGUGUCCUGUAUGUGGCUUCCUGUAAUCUCAGCAGGCAGCCUGGAUUUGUUUGAUCCACUGUCUCUGUACAGUGCUCUGUAAUCUAAGGCAGAAAUGUUCAAUUCUCCGCAGUCUUGUCAUGCUAUGUAAGCCUUAGGGGGUCAUUUGUCAAUUCUGAUUGUAGAUUGUUUUGCUUUGUAAUCUGGCUAAGUAAAGUGCACUAUUAACACAACUUAACCCCAACAGCAUAGCACAGAACCGCAGAGGGGGAGACUGUGUGCUAAGUUUUUAGUUGAGCUGUAAAUAAAGUUUCCUGUAAAUAAACAUGAUCAUGCUGUACUUGUCACUAAACCAAGAGUUGACAAAGUUAAUUGCAAUUUUUAUGCUAAAAGUGUUUGAUAAUUUCUCAAACUUGCAUAUUUUUCAUGUUUUAGCGAAUUUUUUUUUUUUAUUAUUUUUUUUUUUUAUUUUUGCGUGCAGUUCAUGAUUCUCCUCCGUUCCUGAUUUGGUGAAUAAACUUUAGCAUUUUUUGUAUUUUAUUCCGGAUUCUAGAAAGUUUUUUUUUUUAUUUUUUUUUUAUAUAUAUAUAUAUAUAUUUUACACACAAAAGGGUUAUUUUGUAUAGUGUGAAAUUUCUUUUUAAAUAUUUUUAGCUAAAAAAAAAACUGCUGUGAAAGCAUAGCUGACAUGGAGUCUUUCAAAUUUGGGUUCUUUGAACUAAAAUGUAAAUUCCCUUUGAAUACUCGGCUAUUCCGAAUUCAGUGAAUUACCAUGAUUACAUUAUAUGUACGUAGUGGCUCGUUCUAAUAACUGGCCCUCAUUUCAGUGCUGGAAAUAGGGGCAGAUGGUUUAGUGUUGCUGAUUUCAGAAGCUGCAUUGUAGAAAUGAACCCUUCCAUGUCAAUAUUGGGUUAAUCACUUGUUUUAAGGAUGGUUUGAUAGGUCAUCUGCCAUAAAGGGGUUAAGUGGGUUUAUGAGUAUGCUUUAUUUCAGGAUGAAAACAAAAUAAUCAGCCUUCAUUUCAUUGGCUUACCAACAUAGUGUGAGAUUGAUGUAAUUUCAGUUUACUUUGCUCUGUGAGCAGUCAGUGAUUCCAUAUAGUCUCCCAUUAAAUGACCAGUGCACUUUGUUCCCCUUUUGCAGCCCUCUGGGCUGCGAAUUUAUAUUGGAGAAAAAAAUAUCCAAACUAGAAUAGUUCUGCCUGAUGGGAGUUAGUCAAGUGUAUCCCCCACCCUGACUACAACUCUCAACGGACUGAACUAUAUAAGGGUGCAGUUAUCUGAACUGGUGGGUUUCAGAUGUUUGCAGUUUUAGGGAUAUUUUGGUGUGAUUGGUCCCUAUUGUGGCAUUACUGGUGAAUUGCUCACGAUAUAGUGAUCAGGGAGGAACACCUCUGAUUCACGGUGAGGAAUGCUGAUGUCUUGCUGUGACGUAUCAUAGGGCCGCACCAAUGUAAAUUUAUUGACAACCAUAAACCUCUGCUUCCUUAGCUGGGUGUAAAGAAUAUAAAAGAAGUCACACAAUAAUGUGAAGGCCGCAAUUACCCCAAAAUUCCUUACAGGCUGGGAAAUGCUUGGGGCAUAAAAAAAAACAAAAAACCCUGCAUAAGAACAGUUUCCAUCAUCCUCUUUAGAUUUCUCUUAUCACAGCUGAAAUCCAUAUUAUUUGGUUGCCCUGUUGAAUUUUUCUUAUAUAUUACUGACUGGUACUUUACAGAACCUUCAGGCAGCUUUUUAUAUGUGAAUGUUAAUCCUAGACUUUACUUAUUUUGAUUGAUACAGAAGAUAACUGAUACAGUUAAUAAAAAAUAAAAAAAUCUGUUGUACAUUAGUGUUGUAAAACAAGAGUCUUUUGAAUUCCUUGCUAAAUGAGCCAGUGAAUCCUGCCAAGCAUUUGGGCACAUCUGUGGAUUCCAGCUUUUUAUUUUUCUUCUUCUUCAAAAUCUUUAUGUUAUUGAUAAUAUCAUUAAUGGUAUUAUCACAUUGAGUAACUUGUUUACACUCACUGCUAUUAUGGCAAGUCUAUUGGAAAUCUCGCUUUUGUGAACUGUAUCUCCCAUCAUGGUCCUAAGAGCCUUGGAUAUAGGAUUGUCCAUUUUAAACUUAGGAGGCCAUGUUGACAUUGUGGACUCUUGGAUAAUACCCUCCCACCACUUGGCUCUGGUUAUGACCUGGUAAUUCGUUCUCACAUUUGAUGGGGGAUCAUCAGUCCUAUUGAGUUGCUAAUGAGAUGCAUUCACAAUUCCUGAUGGCCCCAAUCAUGAAUAAUAAAAGGCGGUUAUAGCCCUUUUACUAACUUUGUUGUCUUCUUCUUUUUUUUUGGUGCUGUUUACAGUCCUAUUCUCUGGUUGCUAGAGGCAUAAAUAAUCAGUUUGCAUUCCUUUUCUGGCUUUGUUCUCUUUUUUUUUAUUUAUUUUUUUUUUUUUUUAUGGAAAAUGGGGAAUAGGAAUGGUAGAAGACCAAUAUUCACCCAGAAAUGGGGACGUAAUGGAUCCAGAAAAGUUCAGUUUUGUUGCUCCCCCUUUUUUAUUUUUUAUUUAUUUAAUUUUUUUAACAUUGACUAUUAAGUUGACUCUUAAGUAAAUGAUUGCUGAAUCUUUGAAAUCUAAUGCAAACAUAUUUGGUAGCACAGUUAUUUGGACCUAUUAGAUACUUCUUGUUGUACAGUACAAACUUUGUAUUCAACCUGGAAGGUAACCCUGCAACACCAUGCUCUUUAAUUAAUAUUGUGUGUUUCAUGGGUCUCUUUCUAGAAUGUGUGCAUCUUUUUAUUAGAAUCCCAUCCCCUGACUUACAAACUGGAAUGUUUUUAAUAUCUGAGAAGAUCAUGAAUUUUAGCUAAGUGAGAGAUUUGAUGGGCUAUGUUGGAAUCUUUAUAUUUUGAGUGCUACAAGAAUAGACUUGCAGAUGAAGAGGGUGUGGGAAAUGCUGAAUUUCUUCCUCGGUUGGGGGGGGUUGGAGAGCAUUAUCCUGGGAUUAGACAAGUCUCCGGCUCAGAGUUCCCUGUAAAAUUUCCUUCUAAUAUAGAUCUAGAAGUAGAGUGGAGACUUGUAGGUGGCGUUUAAGUUUGGCCUAUGUCAUGACACAAUGACAAGCCCUGCAAAGAUUGUGUGUGUUAAAGUGUCAGUCACCAUCUGGAAGGACAUCGCCGUCUGGUGGCUGGGAAAGCAGGAAAAGGUAAGGUCUACCUACCUGAAUCUUUCCUUGCAGGCGCCGCCAUCUUCCUCUGGCGGGUCCUGUAGUACCAGGAGCCGAUGUAACUUUUGUACUCUUGCGCAUGCGAUUAUGCAGACCGUAUCAAUGGGGAUAAUGUUAGUAGAAAGGACUGUAACGUAGUAGGGUUUUUUUGUUUUUGUUUUUUCGUCUGAAGGGAAUUUCCAGCUCAGGAAGGCUGAUUUGACUUAUCCGGUUUGGAUCACGCUGUCUUGCCAUACAUAACAAGGAAUGUCUCCUCUUCCUUCCCGUGACCGAAUGUGGCCAGCCUACUGCCCCUUGCGUUUUUUUUUUUUUUUUGUUAAUCAGGUUUUUGCCCCUUGCGUUUUUAGGCAUACUGUAACCUCCGGAGAAAAGGAGGCAAUAACUCAUUAACCUCUCCACAGCCUGCCAGGCCUGGGUCAAAACUGCAGCAAACCGUUAAGUUCAAACUGAGAAAUCCAAUGCCAUAUACCAUUUAUUUCAACACUAGAACUAUUAAGAUACAUAAUGAUAUAAUUCCAUCCUCUCCCCUUUUUGUUCUAAUAAAACCAUUAUUUUCCUAUAGCAAUCAGUGCUUAUUUAUCUUGGCUCACUUUGUGUGUUAUCUGUAGGAAGCAGCUGGCAGUCGUUCCUACCCCUGGAGAUGAUUUGCAUUUGGGGCAUCGGUUUCAUAUAUGGUUAUUCACUAAAGUGAGAACUGUUGGGAUUUCAAGGGGAAUUUAAUAUUUAAGCCAUAAGAGCCGAGCUAGAACUUUUUAUAGUUUGGCUAUUCUGGUCUUAAACCUGAAAUACAAUUUGAAACUCUGUGUGGUGUAUUAACUAAACUGAGAAAUUAGGGUCAUUGCCAUUUAUAGGCUAAACUAACUGAACUGGUGACAUUUUCCAAAUUUACUGUUCUGGAAUAGUAUUUGCAAUGAACUUGCCAAUGUUCCACAAUUCCCAGUUUUACUUUUAGUCUGCAGGAAUAUAUAACACAAAGAGUUUUGUCAAUGUCAUGCUAUCUUUGUAAUGUGUGUGUGUACGAGGAUAUUAAACCAGUGAUCAUCACCGUUGUGAAUUUGUGUAGGUGGUAGAGGAUGGUUUACAUUGCUAUGCCCUCUGCACCCAGAUUUGCCAAGUUCUUUCACUGCUUUGUGUACUCUGCUCUGUUUAUCCAGGGAGGGGGCAUUUAUACCAGGAGUUCAGGAUUUCAAGCUGAGGGCCACACCUUAGAGACAUUUCCUCACCACUCACUAGGGGCUCAUUUCGCUUACCACUCAAAUGAAAGUGAAACUGGCACAUCAAGCCAAUUAUAUGAUGAACUGAGAAAUCAAUUUGCUUUUAAAGAUAAAUAACAUGAGAUUCCUGAACUUAUACUGAACACUUCACUUAUGUGGGUGCCUCAAAGCAUGUUAUUACAGCAAGUCUCACAUCACAGCUUUGUAAUGUUUUGUAAAAGUAUUACUAUUUUUGUUGUCAACUCUGCAUUUAUACAACAGUAGUGGUUUACAUGGACUUGCUUAGACCUAGCAGCCAUCUUGAAACCUUUUAGACCAAAAUAGCUCACCAUAAGUGAAGUUGUAGCACUAAAUAAUGAGUGUAACUCUGGAAUAAAUGUAAGGGUUCUCUCUGUGCAGCCACUUUUUAUAGUAGUUUCUUAGCAAGUGGGACAGAUUCCCUUAUCUGUCAUUUUCUUAAUGGUGGAUUAUGUCGAAUGAUUUGUGUUUUUAUGUAUCUGUGUGGGGUCAACAAAAUUUCAUUGUGACUCACACUUUUCAAAUGAUCUCACCCAGAAAUGCCCUUCUAUGCGGAGUUUUGGCUCCAUACAGCAAGGCAUGUCUGGGCAUGACUUUGCAAUCCUGAAAUUUUGAAAAUGGCAGCCUGCUUGUUUAUUAGAUGUUUUGUCUUUUUAAAUGGCAUGCAUGGGUGAUGUUUCAAAAAUGUUAGAAUGUAUUUCUGCUCACUUCAUACUAAAUAAGCUUAUCAUUCUGCUAUUCUAUUUAGACACUUAGCAGCCAUGGAAUUCUAUUUACCAAAUGCCUGACUAUCAGUAUGAAUUAAGAUGAUGGAAAUUCUAGUACUCUGUAAACUGGCUGGUCAUGUUGCAGGGACAUUGUUGGUGUUAAUAAUAGUUGCAAUUGUGUAUCUGUUUCACUUAUCGACUAUCUCCUCUGCUUCGUUCCCAGUUGUCCUGCUAGAUUUCGAGAAGACUCAGGGAGAACUUGGCUGGCUGACCAGCCCUUAUGGAAAAGGGGUAAGUUCCACCUACAAAUACACUAGAUCAAUGCUCAGUAAGCACUUUAUUUUAGGGGUAUGGGAUGUAAUCUCUGCUGUAAGAUAUAAUAUGCAUAUGGGCUACAGAUCCUGCUAAGAGCUAUGAUUUCCCCUGUGUCACUUUGGAAUAACCAGAUAUUUACUGAAGGCUGUAUUUGUCUUUCCAAUCCUGUGAGCUUUACCUUUACCCUGAAUUCUUUCCAGAGGAUUUGCCAAAGUCAGGUGAUUUCCUUUACCCUUUAGUUGCUGGAAUGGAUGUGUCGCCCCCACACUCUCCCCAAAAACGCUUCCGACAAACUCCUUGCUCCAAACCAAUCUUCAGUUAUUCAUAGGGAAUUAUUGGAACUUUAAUUUAACUAGAAGGGGUUCACAAGUGGAGAUCUGUCUGAAUUAUAAAGAUGGGUUAUCUGAAAAUGUCACCUUUAAACCCUCCAAAUAAAUAACUCUGGCUGUGCAGGACAAUUAUAUGAUCUUUAUUGAACAGCACAGUGGCUCUGAUAAUCCAAAUUGUAUCUUUACAAUGUGUACACAGAUGGUGUAAACAGUUAACUUAAGGCACCAUCGUAUGCCAUAGGAUUCUACAAACCUGCUCCGGAUUACUGGCUUUCUGAUUCUUCAACUUCAGCCUAUCCAUUGAACUACUGUGGUGCUUUAUUUAUUUUAUUUUUUCCUUACUAGCCUGGGUGUAUAAGAGCAGUGUUCUUUGUAAUUACCAAAAGUCCUUCAAGGCAAAACAUGGCACCUGUUGGCGUCUGUAUCUAUGAAUACAAGGAAUGGUAACGGAGUGAUAGUGAAGGCUGCCAGCUGUGUGUGCUGUUGAACUUUUCUGUGGGUUAUACACAUGUCAGCUGUGUUGUUCCCCAAGGAUUAGAGAGUGUUUAGCAGACUCGGGGGGCUGUAUCUACUGGGUUUCCCAUUUUCCUGUGACAAGUACAGAGGUUAAUUGAUAUUUACUCUGCUAUUCAGACUUCGCUGACAGAUAUAAUCCUGGGUGCUUUCACUAAUCAGCAGCCACUUGGCUAGAAUUGUGAUCUUCUAAUUAAAAAUAUUUCAUGUCUUCAUACAAACACAUGUUGUAUCUCUUACAGAGGUGUGGUAAACACCAUAUGUGUACCAUAUUGUGGACAUUUGGAGAAAAACUUACUAGAAGUGCCAGUUGUGCAAGAUUUACGUUUUUGACGUGGUUAAUGUAUAUGAAGCAUUUAUUUACCACAAUAAUUUUCUCUCCUUAGUGGGACCUUCUGCAAAAUGUGAUGAAUGGAAGCAUGAUUUACAUCUACUCCGUGUGCAAUGUACAGGAAGGAGACCAGGAUAACUGGCUUCGAACCAACUGGAUUUACCGCAGUGAGGCACAGCGCAUCUUCAUUGAACUCCGCUUCACUGUGCGUGACUGUAACAGCUUUCCGGGGGUCUCCGGUGCCUGUAAAGAGACUUUCAAUUUGUUCUAUGCAGAGUCUGAUGUGGAUUACGGCACCAACUUUCAGAAACGCCUGUUUCGCAAGAUUGACACAAUUGCCCCUGAUGAAAUCACAGUGCGGGAUGAUUUUGCAUCACGUAAUGUCAAGAUAAACGUUGAAGUUCGGACUGUGGGACCGCUGAGUCGCAAAGGAUUUUACCUGGCAUUCCAGGAUAUAGGAGCCUGCGUUGCACUGCUGUCUGUACGCAUUUAUUACAAAAAAUGCCCUGCAAUGGUCCAAGGUAUGGCCCAGUUUCCAGAAACUGUAGCUGGAGCAGAAUCGCAGCCACUGGCGAAAGUUUCUGGGAAGUGUGUGGAAAAUGCAGUGUCUGUUGGCGGAGAGGAGCCAAGCAUGCAUUGCAAUUCAGAUGGCGAAUGGCUUGUUCCAAUUGGACAGUGUCUGUGCCAGGCUGGCUAUGAGAAAGUGGGGGACAUGUGCCAAGGUAAGCUUUUAAACCAUGAAUGGGCAGUUUGAGUUUUACUGUUUGCAUGCCAGAGGAUUGAUCAGAGUGCAAGCAGUGCACAGGUUUAAAAAUGGCAGGAUCAAUGCAAAAAAAUAAAAAUCCCCUCUGCAUUAUUCUAGUCUCACCUUCUUAUACUUACUGGUUGUGGCAGCCAGUUUAAAUCCUGCCAUUUUCACCAGCAUGGGUUACUUGUGCUGUUAAACUGCCUUCUACUUGUGUAUAUACCACACGGACAUCGGACUUCUAGCUCAUUCAUGCAGAGCCCUUAAUUUACAUUCCUCCUUUUGUUCACUCAAGUAAUUGAAAUAACAAUCUCUGUCUGUCAUUAAAGCAUUUUAUUGAUUAUGGCCCCCAGAACACAGGAAUGCUGUAUCCAGAAGUAUACUAUACAGUAGACAAGUUUGCUGUAUGUAAAAGUCAAUCUUUCUCAGAAUCCCUGAAGCUUUUCAUCCCACUCUUCCAUUCUCAGGCCUUUAGACAUUGUUAUCCUCCACAUAAUAGUUGCUUGUGAAACCCUAUAUUGAUGAUUUUACAGAUGAUUUGAAAUAAAAACAAUUAAACAGAAGUUAACGGAUUAAAUAAUAAAAUUAAAACGGUACAUUUUAUUAUUUUGAUUUAGUUAUGGAAUCCAGUCUGUGCAUCAGGUUCCUCUCUACCCUAUAUGCUAGUUCUCCUCUGCUACUGGAUUACAGUCUGUGUGGCAGGUUCCUCACUUAAUCCCCCCUAUAUUCUGAUUCCCUUCCUCUCCUGGAUCCCACUCUGUAUGGCAGGUUCCGCUGUCUAUUCCCCCGAUUCCCCUCUACUCCUUGAAAUUCAGUCUGGCAGGUUCCUCUGUCUAUUCACCCCCAACCCCCCCAUAUUCUGAUUUCCCCCUACACUCCUGGAUUGCAGUCUGUAUGGCAGGUUCAUGCUCAGUCUGCUGGGGAACAAUAGCUGUCACUGUUCCCAGGCACGUCUCACUGGAGAGCAGAUGGGGCCAACUCCCAGCUUACGGCAGGUCUGUGGAAUGCGGGGAAGGGUGGUAAGGAGGACAGAUCCACUCCGUGUACCUUUUUUUUAUUUUUUUUAUUUUUUUUUAUUUUUUAUCACUUGGAAUGUGGGCCUGCUCGCACUACUACAUUCAUUCACAUUGUAGUUCAUCAUCAAUGGUGAAUAGAUGUUCAGGAUUGUAACAUUACAAUGUUACAGUCAUUGUGUGAUCAAGCAUUCUUUUCUUUUUCUUUUUUAACCCUUUGAAUGCUGUCUGGCUUUUCAGCAUGUAAGGCCUCCUGAUCAUGUGUAAUCUAUAACCAAUUCUCAAUGGACAGAGAAUCCAGAAUUAAAGGCUAUUUCUUCUGACCCUACAUGUUCCCUUUAAUCAAACAUCCAGACAUAUCGUUCUGUUUUGUGUUUUUCUCUUUUGGUUUUACAAAUAACUAGAUACUUUUGCCGUGGCUGCUACCUCCACGCUGGGCACCCAAUGAAAACUGCAUUAAACUAAUAUUUUAACUCAGAGUGCUGUGACACAUUCCACUCUUGCUUCACCUUCUAUUCCACCUGCUAUAAAUUUUAUUAUUGGGGAACCUAUACAAUUUAUUCCAAUGGAAGACUUUAUCCUGUGCAUUUUGAUUUAUGGGAAAAAGAUUCCAUCACCAUAAAUGUAUUUUAUUUUCAUGGCACAUUUUUCAAUUGGAUGUACUGUUUGAAACGCAAGGAGGCUCAGAAUCCAUCUUGUUCUUGCAAGAGUUUGGACAGGCUCAAAGCAAAUUAAAGAUUUUAAAACCUGCCUCACGAGUUCCCUUGAACUGUAGGGUGCUUUGCAAGGAACAACCCUGCAAUUGCUCAAUUCACUUUAUUCAUAUACAGUCUAUACCUUUGUAUAUCGGCAGACUGGUUCCUGUCUAGAAAUGCCACUACUACCCUAUUCCUUGCCAGCAGAGCUCAAGGGAAGGGGGCUUGGUAAUAUUUGUCUUGCAUGUGCAAAACACUUUCUUUAUAUUCCGUUAACUGCCAAGUCUGCUCAUAACCUAUAUUUCUAUCGCAAAUGGACUCCUUUCCAAGCUCCAACACACCGCAAGCAUUCGAAGAACUAAUAGAGGCUUUUUCUUUCCUGUAGCUAGUGGGCACAGUGGGAGCUUCUGAAGAUUUAUGCCUAGCUCCUUCAGGAGCCUAAACAUUAACGAUCUUUUUAUUGGAUCCAGAUUGUCUGUGUCUAAAUUCUCCAAGAGAAUAUGCGAGCCUUGAGAGGAUGAAGGUCAAAUUCACCAGCCAAUCCCAAAGAGAGAAGCAGACAGACAGUACCCUGCAGGUGUCCUUAAACUCCCCAAACCAGUGGGGGUUGGAGGGAAAUAUGUGAGGAAUGAGUAACUGCAAUGUACACCUUCUCCUUGCAGGAGCGUGAAAUACAUUAUGGAAUUUCGGACAGGGUGUAGGCUGGUGUAAUGAGUCGGAAAAUGCUGAUAAAGUGUUUCCCAACAUUGCCAUUUAUUAUUAACAUAAAAAUGCAAGGAUUUUGAGUAAACUGGAAAAUGUAUUUAGUGAGAUUCAAAAUAGGAUAUUUCCUCCCCUAUACACUCAGGGGAGUGUGUUGUUCUGGGAUCUGUGGUGGACUCUUCUUUUGAUGGCAGUUUGUCCAUAUGGCACACAAAUAGGACACACAGUUUGUCCCUGGAGGGGCCCCAGGCUCUUUAACACAUAGCUGUGAUGGUGAUGCUUUGGAAUAUAGGAUUAGUGAUAAGACUUGUUGUAAUUAGAGAUUUGUUAAAGUGCUAAACUGACUGGAAUUGCUGGUAGGAUGGUUUAUAAAUAAGAAACUGCUUGUAAGAAGAGAAUACCCAGAGAAUCUGGGGGAUAAAACUUUGUGGGGUUCACUUCUGUGUCAAAGUUAAACCAGCAAAUCUAGUAUUUCCUAUUCCUUUAGCAUAUUAACCUGUUCAUCAAGAUUUCGGGUAGGUACUUGCUAUUGAAAUUUCUACAUGAGCAUGUAUACGGCGUGUGACCGUCAAUGUCAGAAGGCAAGGCAGAGAAUCAGGAUCUGGAUAGACAAACAGAGGGGGUGGUAACACAUGAUUUCACAAAGAGAGGUGUGAUUUGUAACAAACCAGUUCACCACACAAAAAGUAAUGCCACUUCAUCCAUGCCAGCUGCACAAAGUAUGGCAGUAUCUUUUUAUUAAUAUUGCUUUACUGUUUGGGGGAAAAUCGACUUUCCACCUGGCACACACUCUACCUAGAAAUAAAUCCCCCAACAAUAUUUUCUGUUGCUAUUUGAACAUAAUUUCUUCUAAAAGUGCAUGAAAUUCUCUCUGUUCAAGAACCUGGUAUUGUCCUAAGAUGUAAAGUUGACCCCAUUUUAUUAAAAUAUUUUUAAUGUUCUGUCUAUUUUAAAUAAAUAUUACUCACCAGCACUCCCUGUCCCUCCCUCAUAAAUAAACAGCCUGUCUAAAUAAAGCGUUUUACUUGAGAGGCCCUUGGAUGGAUCCCUUCUGCUAUGCUGUGUGCUGGCACAAGCUGCAGGGAGCUGACCCCAGGGUUCUGGGAAAGGGACACAAAGACUAUUUUUAUCCUUUUCUGUGGUAAGUUUAAAUUCUCACAAUUUUACAGCCUAGGCACAGGGGGAUACAGUGCCCUUGUAUAUUGGGAUAAAUGCUUAUUCAGAUUUUUUGCAAUCCCCUCUAGGGAAAAGAGAUUAAAUAGGCCAGCAUCACAGAGGGAAUGAAUAUUAUUAUUUAAAAAAAAAUAAAAAAAUUUGUGAAGUAAACUGUUAGCAAUGUGUUUUAACUGAGAUUUUUGAAAAAAAAAACCCAUUUCUUACCAGUGCAUUAUUUUAAGAAAAUGCAUUAGUAUUGAGGCAUAUUUUAUUUUCAGUUUAAAGGGUUGUAUUGUGCUCUUGAGGAGGUACAGUUUGUCUUGUGUUGAUGUAAUAGUCAUGACAUAGUCCAGCAACCAGAGCGUUAAUAUGACAGUCAAGCAGAUCAGUCAGUUGUGAGAUGCCAUCUUCACUGGUAUAUAUUCCUAGCAUUGGCCCCAGACCAUUUGCCUGUUUCCUUGUCACCUGGGGCGUGAGGAAUGCCUUUAUUUGGAAGCCCUGAGUGCUUUCCAGGGCCUGUUUGUCAGGAUGUGAAUCAGUCUGGACAGGUGAGCUUCACGAGAUCCGUGGGAACAGGGUGGUGCUGUCACUAGCACAAAAUCAGGUCAGGGAGCAAUGACUGGUGGCUUUCAGUGGGGACCAUCUCUGUACUGGUUUGCCAACUCCUCGUUGCACUGUUCCCACACCUUGCAAACACCAGCUCCUUUCAUUGCAAGGCACAGGUGCCAGACCUUCAGGAAACGAUAUUUGGAGAAUUACUUGUAGUCAGAACCGGGUUGUGUUUCAUUUACGAAUUCUGAAUAUUCCAUGGAGAGGUGUCUGGCAGCUGUUUGGCAAGAUUUGUUAAAAUCAUGGGCAAAUUUACAAUAUUAUAAUUUCUCUUUGGUACCAAUGACUGUAAUAUGCAGUUUAUGUAAUUGGAAGUGCUGUCUGUAAACGCUAUAUGACACAAGCCUCUAAUAUCUUCAGUGUUUAUAAUUAAUUCUGUUUAUUUGAAUUUAUAAACCGAUAAAUCUUCCCAAGUUUGCCUAUUCCAUGAGAGCAAUAAUGUUGGUUAUAGAAUAGAAGCAUUUUCUAUCCAUAAUCCCCCUCACUGGCUAAUUAUCUAUCCCAUAACCUACUACUGGUCUUGCAGGCAAGCGUGCAUAGGAAAAAUAGAUGAGGGUUUAAUUGAAAGCUCCAAGAGGAAAUUUAAUUUCCCUUCUGUGCUGCGAAGCCCCGAAAGUUCACUGUGAGAUGUGACCAUGUGAGGGGAAGAUCAGUGACAGGAACCGGGUCUCAAACAGGAAAGUUUGAAUUGUGUAGGAAAUCCGAUGUGGAUAUGAUGGAAUUUGUACCGGAUGAUAAACUAUGGCUGGGUUGCUCUGCUGUUACAACUGGUAUUGUAGUGGAGAGAAUCCGCGUGUGAGCAUUAAAGGGACAGGGGUCUCAUCUAACUUUACACUCUUACACUUUAACCCCUUAAGAAAACAUGAUCGGCAUUUUCUGUCACGUUGGCUUUUUGCAUCUGAAGCUAUGUCCUUAAGGUGUUAAAGACCAGUUUCUAUGUCUGGCCACUAGUACUGUAUUUUUUUUUUUUCAACACUGGUGACCAUGCGGAAAGCACUAUGCCUAGCAAGGGAUUGUAUUUCGAGGUCUAGGGGGAAAAUGCCCUAAAAUGUAGGCUGAAAUCUUGUACGAUUUUUAUAUCUCUACCAUUAAAAGAUACAUUUGGUUUCAGACAAGAGACUGCCUGUUCUUUGAGUGGAAAAAGGCCAUAAAUGUGUCUCCACAGAUGUGUGCGUGGGAUUCUGGAGAGGCAAGAACUUUGAGGUUUGGGUAUUCUUGACCUUGAUGACUGUCUCUUUUUCUCUCAGUUUUUGGCCAGCAGCUUGAAUUCCAACUCUCCCACCAUCUACUCUUACCCACCCACUGCAUGCUGCUUAUUCCCCCCCCUCCCUUAUCUUCUAUGUAAAGGGAGUCAACUCCAUGUGUUUUAAUGUAAUUGGCCUCUGCAAUCUUUAUUUUUAAUCCGUGCCUUGGCUCAAUGGAGGCGUGGGCUGCUCCUAAAUCUUCCUGACAUCGGGGAAUGCCAGCAAUGUGCUUUAUUUACCCUGCUUUACAGUAAGGAUUUUUAAAAGACUAGUGGAGGGGUCUGGCUGUUGCAGCAAGAUAGCAGUGAUCUCCAUGACCGCAUUCAGGUGCAUUUCAGUAUUUGAAAUCAUUCCUAUUUUUGUUGUUUCUCUUUAUUUAGCGGAGAAAGUUUGGUAUUCCUAGUAACAAAUUGGAGUCAAAGGUCAGGUCUGGCCAAGCAGGAGGGGUGUGGAGUCAAUGCCUUGGGGGUAGAUUUCUGUAAUCCUCCCCACCAGCUGCUGCUAAGAGAAUUUCUGCCCCCUGCCUCCCAGCAUGCUAGAGGGCAAGGAGGGGGCUUAUCUCUUGUGCAACAGGUUGGGUAUGGGAUGGUGGUAACUGCCACAUGGCAUGAUGGCAGGGGCCAGGUAAGGAAGAUAAAAGCCACAUACUAGGCCACUCCAGAAACGUUGUACUUAACUUUGCCCAUAGCACUGCAUUUAGGAAGCUUUAAGUGUGUGGUAUCUUAACUAUUUAAAAACCUGCCUGGGCUGGUUCCCCAGUGGCCUUUCAGUUGUUGCAGCUAUGGGGCCAAUGUGUAUUGUCCUCAACAGAGAAUGAAGAAGAAAUAGACAUUUGUUUGCUUUUUAAGCUUUUGUGUGUGUGUGUGUGUGUGUGUGUGUGUGUGUGUGUGUGUGUGUGUGUGUGUGUGUGUGUGUGUGUGUGUGUGUGUGUGUGUGUGUGUGUUAAAAGUAUUUGUAACUAGUUCUGUAAACUGGAGGUCAGCUGACACGCCAGAUUUUCAGGGUGAUACUUGGUUUAAGGAAACAUGAAGAUAAUUGGCUAAUUACAGGCUAAUCCUUUUAGAAAAUAAAGCUCUAAUCACUGCCUUCAAGGAUAGAUUUGAAAGAGACCUGCCUUAGUAACUGCAUCUCAAAGGCUUUAUUAACUAAGCAAUGAGUUGACAACUGGCUUUACUUAUUAUCCCAAAAUGGGGGUGUGUGUUAGUGUUAUGGUGGGGGAAAAAUUGUGAUUGAAAACCCGUUCCACCUGAAGUCUGUGGAUAAUUAAUACAAUGUUAAACAAAAAUCUGUACACCAGUCAAGCCAUAAGACUUGCUUUUCCCACAGAAAUCCCAUAACUGCAGCAAUGUUACAACCGCAAAGGAUUCUGGGUUUUUCCUAUAUUGUGUUCCAAACUGUUGUAUACAGCAAACACAGAUUAAAAGGAAUCCAUGUUUAAAAUGGAAUGAGGCAAAAAUGUGAUUCUUUGUUAAACUAAUUUGCAUAUGCCCACCCAGAAUCCUCUGCAUUUGUAACAUCGCUGCAGUUAUGGGAUUUCUGUGGGAAAAGCAAGUCUUAUGGCUUGACUGGUGUGCAGAUUUUUGUUUAAAGGACCACUCUAGGCACCCAGACCACUUCAGCUUAAUGAAGUGGUCUGGGUGCCAGGUCCAGCUUGGGUUAACCCAUUCUUUUAUAAACAUAGCAGUUUCAGAGAAACUGCUAUGUUUAUGAAUGGGUUAAGCCUUCCCCCAAAUCCUCUAGUGGCUGUCUCAUUGACAGCCGCUAGAGGCGCUUGCGUGCUUCUCACUGUGAAAAUCACAGUGAGAGCACGCCAGCGUCCAUAGGAAAGCAUUGUAAAUGCUUUCCUAUGUAACCGGCUGAAUGAGCGCGCAGCUUUUGCCGCGCGUGCGCAUUCAGCCGACUGGGAGGAGAAGAGGAGAGCUCCCCGCCCAGCGCUGGAAAAAGGUAAGUUUUAACCCUUUUCCUCCUUCCAGAGCCGGGCGGGAGGGGGACCCUGAGGGUGGGGGCACCCUCAGGGCACUAUAGUGCUACUAUAGUGGUCCUUUAACAUGUAUUAAUUAUAUAUUAUUUUUUUUUAUUUUACAACUGCUCAUUGUUAAGCGAAUAAGCAUAAACUGUGCCAUCACAACAAAGGCAUGGUUUAAACCAAGCAAGGGGCGUAAAUCAGUAAGCAGAUACAGUUGAAUUUUUAGAAGUAUAUUACAAUGAACCCCCAUGCACACAUUUGUGAACCGUUUUUUUAACUCUGACAGUGGCCGCACUGUUUUUAAGCAAACAUUUACUUCAAAUCACUGCUGGACCUUACAUUUAACUCUUUCUGCAAAUUUAAUUUUACCUUGACCAACUUGGAGCAUUAGCUGUUACAGUGGGGUUAAUAGGCUGGUGAAGCCAAGGAUAUGAAUCCGGAAAGACAGAUCAGUCAGUCAUCACAAGUCAAACAUUAGUCAGGAGCUCGGGUGAGUCCACAAACUAUGUCCCGCAUCCUGUUUAGGGCGAACUAAGUGUUGCCAUAGAUACACCUGCCAUUUUCACCCCUACAGAAUGGAGAAAUUAAUAUUCUGGUGCAUUCAGUGUUAAAUGCUAUUUUAACAUUUUCCUGACUGGUCUCCCUUAGAGAAAUGACUGUAUCCAUUAACUAUGCUGUGCGCAGCACUCAUGCACAUGCAGGUUAACCGUGAGCAAGAUGUGCCUUCUCUUUGAUAUUCACAUCUGCCCUGGAGCUAAAUCCAUUUUUCAGUGGGUUCUGGUUUGCCAGGGUUUGGUGGCAUAAGAUAGGGAUGUUUGAAAUAAACUCUUGUAUAUUGCAUGCAUGAAACAAGCCAUUAUGCUUAGUGAGCCCUACAAAAAAUCUAGUCUAUCAGAUCGUGGUAAUUUAUGCAGUACGUUAAUGAAAUCUAUUGGACUGGGGUAUCCCUUCUCUAGCAGCUUCUCACAGAGUAAAGCCUGUGUCCUAGCAUCAUGCAGGUUUGAGGGUUUCCCUGCACUCGGCAGAUGCUCAGACCCCCCCUCCCCUCCUUCCCUCUAUUGUCCUGCAAUCAUUUCAUCUGAUUACAAUGACUCACACUUGGUCUGGUAGAGAGCCUUGUGUUUUAUUUCUAUGCUGCCGACAAGUUGGGUCAAGAGUUUCCUUUGACCCUUCAUCAAUCUGUCUUGGGAAACUUUUUAAACUUUGUUUGGAAGAAGAGGGUGUGUCAGAGGGACAAAUAAGAGAAUACAUAAACCAAAUCUCAUCAGUUGCAUUUUAGAUUAUUUCAAAUUAAAAUGUUAACAUAACUGGCAGAGGUCCUUGGCCAAUUCUUCCUUCAUAACUUUGGAUCAUUAUGGGGCUUAGUUCUAAUUAAACAUUGCCUAUGUAUUCAGUAGUGCCAUAUAAUAGGUUAUAACAAUUUCUAAUUUCUACAUCUUUCAACAGCUGUGUUCUGUUGAGAUGUGUACUUUGCUUGAAUAAAUCUCACACCUCAAAGUAUUUUUUUUUUUUUUUUUUUUUUAAACUAAACAUAUGACCGCUGUAUGUUCAGAUUUGUGCUAGACAGGAUAAACCUACCCAUAGACCCUCUCGGGUUAGUGCUAUUGUGGGAGUGAGUCUGAAUCUCACUUGGUUUCUAUUGUUGGGAUCUUGUUUGUACUUUUCUAAAACCAUUUUCCAACCGACACGUUCUCUGGUUAAAUUUAGGAUUACAUUGUAUCUCACCAGGGAGUCUCUUCACUGUAUGUUUGGGGUCUUCGAUGACCUUUAGGGCUGUGUCCAGCUGACUUCCUUUUAUGUUCUGAGCUUGGGCCUCAGGCAGGAAACCUAAGUUUAUUUUAAGGAUUAAACACUUGUUAUAUUCUUAGAGCCUCUGCCCUACAUCGUUCUUCCUGCCUCCUGUAAUCCUCUCCUGGUACUCAAAGACAAAGGAACAGUGGUCUAAUCCAAUGUUCUUGCCUCCAUCAUACUUCUGAUCUGGUCAUUGUUCUCUACUUGCUUUUCUACCUUCUUUUACCUACUUCUGACCUCAAGAAUAAAAGGGGCUUAACUUUAUUUUUACUCUAUGUAUGACAUGGGUUAGUCCCAUCUUACAGCAGUCAUAACACAACCAAAACACCAGUAGAAAACUAAACUACUCACCGUUUGCUACACAUCAAAGAACUUUAACUUUCUGACCAUUUUAAAGACGUUGUUACAUAGCCCCAAGUAACUUCACCUGACACCCAGAGAAACUGCUCCCAUGAACUGAAUAUAUUCCUGUGUUGUGUUUACUGCUAGAAGAUCAAAGGGCCCGUUGUUUUGCUGGAUUUAUUUGCUGUUCUUCAAAAACAUUCACUUUGUAAGCAUUGGUAUAGCUAAUACUUCAUAUGUAUUUGUGUACCAUACCAAGUCAUUGAAGUUGUAUUGAACUAUCACUUUAAAUCGACAUUUUUGUCUACAGCGAAUGUGGCACCAUUAAUCACUUGAUUGUUUUUGCAUUUUGGCUGUUUUACAAAAAAAAAACCCCAAAAAAACAGAAUAUAUUCCAGCUCCCAACAUUCCUACCAACUGUGUACUGGCUAGUUGCAGGAGAGAUCAUUUUUAGUGUUUAGUUUAGUGUUAGUGUGUUUUGGUUUUUUUUUGUUGCGUUUUGGAAUGAGGUUAUUCUGGGGUUACUAGCCUGAUCUUUGCUUGCUGCAAAACCGGUUCACCUAGAGGAGUGCUUUUUGGCUGCACCCUGUGCCUAGAGAGGCCAUGUGUGAGGGAAUAGUGGAAAACUGCAAAUGAGCCACAGAAAGUUCAUCAUCUAUGUGAUCAGUGGAAACAUGUACCCAAGUAUCGCUUGGGAAUGUGCAACUUGGCUCAUUUGGAGUUCAGUGAAUGUCAGGGUAAAUAGAAUAAAUCCUUACAUGACACUCGAUGAGCCAUGCCUUGGUUUGCUGCUCAGUGUUGCUGCGUGGUGGCUACACCCAGUGGUUUCUACUAGAGGAAAAUCUAGGUGUAAAGGUGUAAAAUUACAAAAAAAAAUCCUUUUUUACUUUGGGCCAUGUCAUGUGUGGGUGAGCAAGUGUAUGCAUCUGCAGCAUUUCCUUAUUAACCAUUCAGAAGGAGGUGCUUGAAGCAGUAAGUAUUAAAGCAUGGAGCUGUGUAGAUACUGUAUUGAUAUAUAACACACUAUUGUCCUGAGCCAUAUAUAGUGCACGCUCACUGUGUGUCUGAUAAAUGAGUUUUCUGCAUUAAAGAGUGAAAUGUGAUGUAGAACAAUGGAACUCUGCAGAGUGACAAGAUAAAAUGUUUAAGAGCAAUCGGCACCGUGAGUGUUAUUUUAUUAAUAUACUGAGCUUACAAUUCAGCAGUGAAGUAGUUAAUCUCUCAAAUUCCAAGAAGGUCCUUCAGAUUUUCCUUUCAUACUAUUAAAGCUCCUCAGAUGGCUGUUUCUUUGCUCAUGGAGGUUUGCAUUGAUACCUGCAUUGGCAGAGGGAGUGAAGAUGCUUAUUGCUGUAUAAAGCAUGGGGACUGGUCUCUGCGUAUUAGUGGGCAUGCCACAUUCAUUUGGUUGAUACUGAAAUUAUAUCUAAUCAUCGAUAAAGGACAUUGCGUUUAUGUGCCAUAUUGGAAAUGUAGAAAAAAUCCAUAAACAUUUGCACGUUGUAAGCUUAUGGGCAGAGAUUUCAAAACUUCUGUAUCUGUUUCUGUUAGUCAAGCUAAGGUUUAGAAUAACCUUAGCUUGACUAACAGAAACAGCAGAAUGCUUUUGUACUAUAUAACUUUUCGUAGUGAAAACGGUCAAUUAUCACUCAAAAGGUCACAACGUUUUAUUUUUUUCAAGUAGUCAAAUUCAAACAUUUCGUGUAGUAAGAAAGACCCUUACUCAAACACCACCAGGAAGCUGUAGUUUGAGAGGGUACCUUUUUAUUUUAUUUUUUUAUUUUUUUUGUCUAUAUAUGUAAUUCCUGCAGCAUGAAUAAUUAACAAACCAUUUCUCCCUCUCUUCCAGCUUGUCAACCCGGAUUCUUCAAAGCUGAACCAUCUAAUAGCCAGUGUGAUCCCUGUCCAAAGCACACGGAGCCAUCUUCUGUGGGCGCCACUUCCUGUCCAUGCCAGGAUGGCUAUUUCCGAGCUUUAACAGACGCCAUAUCAGCCUCCUGUACCCGUAAGUUUAUACAAAAUCUAAUAAAGUAUUAGGAUCAAUAUUGGCACUGUCGUAUUAUUUGUAAAGUGCACGAACUGUUGUAAUUCGCUAAUUCUUGUAUUUGUGUCUUGCUUCAGGAUCCCCAUCGGUUCCUCGUGAUCUCACUGCCGUAGGCUUUGGAACCAAGGUUAUGCUGCGUUGGUCCACUCCCUCUUACACUGGAGGCCGUGAAGAUGUUACCUACAAAGUAACAUGUGAGCUCUGCUUUCCAGAGCCUGGUGACUGCAAAGCAUGUGAUGACAGCAUCCGGUACUCUGAGAGCCCAGACAGCCUGAAGGGUACCACCUUAAGCAUAAGUGACCUAGAACCUCAUCUCAACUACUCCUUCACUGUAGAGGCCCGAAAUGGGGUGUCAGAUGUUAGCUCUGGACGUAGCAUUGCAACCAUACAUGUCAGCUUGAAUCAGACAGGUAAAGAACUGGCUGCUUGUUAAGUGUAUUGCCAGCAUUCAGUAACAUAUUCCUAGGAUGUUGUGAACACUGUGUACCCCUUGCUCUAAUUUCAGAACCCCCAAAAGUGACAUCUGUGAAUCUGGAACAACGAAGCAUGAAUUCCCUCACUCUCUCUUGGACUGUGCCGCCACGUCAGCCAAACCGGUCCUGGAAGUACGAGAUCACCUAUAACAAGAAGGUACACCACAUCCUAUUCAGCCAUGUUCUACCCUGCAUUGUUCCAGCAUCUUCAGGUCACUUGGAUACAUCAUAAUGAGCUGAUUAGUGUGGGGAUAACAGUGCAUAUCAUCUAGUAUAACUUUGUAAGCUUUUUAUAUGAACGCUAAGAUUGCAGUCCUAUACAGUAUAAAUGGUCACAGACCAUGUAGUACAGUUUUGUGACCGUUGCUUACUCUGCAUAAUCCUAAAAUUCUCACCCACUAAUCUCAGGAAAAUUUAAGGGUACACUAUAGUCCCCAGAACAACUAAAACUUAAUAUAGUUGUUCUGGUGUCUAUAAUCCGUUUCUGCAGGCAUUUUCAUGUAAAAGGCAGUGUUUACAUUGAUUCCUAGUCACUCAAACUGCCACUAGAGGGGCUUCCAGGGUUGUGCAGCACUGAAGUUCAGCGUCUCUUGGUUCUGCAUGGGGACACUGAACAUUCCUCAUAGAGAUGCAUUGAUUCGGUGCAUCUCAAUGAGCAGAUAUGCUGAUUGUCCAAUGCAGUGUUUGGCUUCGCCCCUGAUUGGCUAACAUAAUCUGUCCUUGUCCUGUCCGUCCUGAUGCUGACCCUCACGGCACAGGAAUAAUACGUUUUGUGGUUUGUUUGUUUUUAAGGGGGUCAAUGGGGAGGCAGUGACCUAUAUAGUGUCUAUAACACUAUAGAAUCAGGAAUGCAUGCUAUACAGAUUUGUUGCAAUAUUCCUAACCAUCACAAAUUUGUAGUUAGUUGUCCUUGGAUGAUGUCAAUAAAGCCAUUUUUAAUUUGAAACCCAUGCUUCACACAGGCAACACCCUUUGUUCUCUAAAUCACUCUACAGUGGAUAUUAACCGAUCAUUUGUACCAGAGGGUUAUUCAGAAACUAAUCUUAAUACCCUUUUUUUUUCCAGAAUGAUGAGAACAGCUACUCUGUUCAGCGUUGUGAGGGGAAUUCCAUAACCCUCAACAAACUUUCCCCUGAGACCACUUAUGUAGUGCGGGUUCAGGCUAUAACGCCUGAUGGCUCUGGAGCUGGAGGCAUUGGGAGCAUGGAGUAUGAAUUUGAAACGUUAUCUUCUGGUGAGUGAAGGCAGCAGAGUGUUUUAUUCUAAAAAAAAUGUAGUCUAUUCUAAUCGAUGAUAGCUUUGCAGAGCUAGGACUGAGAGAUACCAGCACAGUAUUUUGUACAGGAUGUAUAAUUGGGGUAUUGAAUUGCUUAUCUUUACACAGUUUGAUUAUUUGGAUUUUGUUUUUCUACAGACUCCGAGGGUACAAACCAGGCUGCCAUUAUUGGAGGGGCAGCAGCCGGAGUAUCUGUAAUCGUGGUCUUAAUAAUAGUAGUCAUUCUUCUGCAUAGGAGGUAAGUUCAGUGUGCCUCACUCAGGGCUGACUGGAGAUGUGAUUAUUUCAUUUUAUGCACUGCUGUUCCUAAUGAGUGUUCUAUCCUGUGCACUUUGUGUCAUGCAGCAUUUAACCCUUUCCAUGAUUUAUUUUUCAGCAAAAGACAUGGCCGUGGUCGGCAGUCCCCUGAGGAUGUGUAUUUUUCUAAAUCUGGUAAGCAGAUAUAUUUCUUUUCUUUCUUUCUCAUUUCUUUUUUUUUUUUUUUCCCUCUCUGAUUUGAUCUUUUCAUCACAAUCCUCCUCUUUCACAGAGCAACUGAAACCCCUUAAAACCUAUGUAGACCCCCACACAUACGAGGACCCUAACAAAGCUGUUCUGAAAUUUACCACAGAGAUCCCCCCCAAUGCUGUGACCCAGCAAAAAGUGAUUGGGGCCGGUAAGCAACACUUCCAAUUUUCCAAAAAAUAGAACUGUAUUGACUAUAAGGGUAGAAAAUAAUUUCUAUAUGGUUUUAAUUCCAGGAAUGUCCUCUUUGACCUCAACUUUUCUUUUUUAUUAGGUGAGUUUGGUGAGGUUUAUAAAGGGAUCUUGAAGCUCCCAGGAAAGAAGGAGAUACCAGUGGCCAUAAAAACCCUGAAAGCUGGCUACACAGACAAACAGCGCAUUGACUUCCUGAGUGAGGCAAGCAUCAUGGGACAGUUCUGUCACCACAACAUUAUCCGCCUGGAAGGGGUCAUCUCAAAAUGUAAGAAUUAUUCUAUUUUUUUUUUUUUCCAAUGCAGCAAUUAUUGGAGCUUUGCUUGUUUUUAGAUGAUUUGUAUUCAUAUAUCUCCUCCUUCCCACUCAGAUAAGCCCAUGAUGAUUAUAACAGAACACAUGGAGAAUGGAGCCCUAGACAAAUUUCUAAAAGUAAGUUAAUUGAGCAGGUUCUGGGAUUAAAAACUAUAUAAAUUCAGGAAAUAAUGGUCUCAAGGCUAUUUAUUUGUUUGAUUUAAUCAGGGUGGUAUAUAUAAGGUGAAGGAAGGGGGGUCUUUUAUUUUUUUAAUUCUCUAUUAUAAUUCUGUUUUCUCAAAUAUCCCAUUAAAUUAGGAAAGUAAAUACAAGAACUAUUAUUCAGUAAUCUCAUGUCCUUGCACCCAUAGGACAAUGAUGGCGAAUUCAGCGCCAUCCAGCUGGUGGGCAUGCUCAGGGGCAUCGCAGCUGGCAUGAAAUAUCUCUCAGAGAUGAACUACGUGCAUCGGGAUCUAGCUGCUCGUAACAUUCUGGUGAACAGCCAACUUGUGUGCAAAGUGUCUGAUUUUGGUCUGUCUCGCGUCCUGGAAGAUGACCCAGAGGCAACGUACACAACCAGUGUGAGUAUCUUAUAGCCAGAGGAUGCGGGAGAGCAUUGUCAGCAUUCACUCUGAUUACUCUUAGGGCAGUGCUGCCAGAGCACAGGGUGGUGACUUGAUUAGAUACCAGUUCUAAAGGUUUGUUUUCCCUGGUGGUGUCAGCUGUCAUUGUUUUAUCUUGUUGCUGUAGAGACAGCCCUGAAUUGAUUUCCAUAUGCUUUCCACAUGGGUUGCAGUUUAUGGAAAAGACUAUUUGAGAAGGAUUGUUUUAUAGCCUUGUUAUUUCAUCUCUCAUUUACUUGUCUCUUGCAGGGUGGGAAGAUCCCAAUUCGUUGGACAGCUCCAGAAGCCAUAUCCUACAGGAAGUUUACCUCUGCCAGUGAUGUAUGGAGCUAUGGCAUAGUCAUGUGGGAAGUCAUGUCGUAUGGCGAGCGGCCUUACUGGGAAAUGUCUAACCAGGAGGUGAGAAUUCUCCAGGAAUUACUUUUAAAAGUUAGGGAAGGGGACAUUGAAAUGUAACAAGGAAAUAUUUUACAGGUUCGGUUGUAGAUGUUUUCAAUAGCCUUCAUUAAGUGCAGUAAAGGCUAAAUGUUAUAUAGAAAGGGUAGUAGAUACCUGGAAUAGCCUUCCAGUGGGAGCAGUAACCCUGAUAUAGAAAGGGUAGUAGAUACCUGGAAUAGCCUUCCAGUGGGAGCAGUAAAGGCUAAAAGUUUUAUAUAGAAAGGGUAGUAGAUACCUGGACUAGAUUUCUGGAGGACAUAGUAAAGGCUAUCGGUGACAUAAAAAGCAUAGGAGAACUAAAAAAGUGAGUCUUGAUAAUCAGAGUGCAAUUUAACAGGGUCAUUUGCUUCCUAUCUGUGACACAGUCUAAGUUUCUUUAAUGGUCAUUCAUCUUUUCUGCUCUCACAUGAAAUGAAAUAACUUCCUGUCAGGAACUUUGUGGUGUCUGCUGUUUGCUAGAAUAACGUUUCAUUGCUAAAAUAAUACUCCAAUGCAAUGUGUGUGAGCCCUCUCCCUGACUCCUCUGUGCCCAUUACAGGUCAUGAAGGCCAUUAAUGAGGGUUUCCGUCUCCCGGCUCCCAUGGACUGCCCCUCUGCAAUAUACCAACUUAUGAUGCAGUGUUGGCAGCAGGACCGUAGUCGUCGGCCCAAAUUUGCAGACAUUGUCAGUUUCCUGGACAAGCUUAUCCGAAAUCCGGACUCACUGAAGACUUUGGCUGAUUUUGACCCAAGGUAUGUUUUCAGUAAGGUGUAAUUACAGAGCUUUGGGCAAACUCUGUGUCCAUACAACAUUCUGCAUGCUAGAAAUUUCAGCUCAUUGACCUCUCAAUUGAAUCAGCAAUCUUUUUCUUAGAUUGGACUUUGUGGAGCUAUUUUGGGGAAUAAUUAUAACCUCCAAUACUUUGUCCUCCUAGGAUUUCAAUCCGCCUGCCCAGCACCAGCGGCUCAGAAGGAAUGCCUUUCCGGAACGUUGCAGAGUGGCUCGAAUCCAUCAAGAUGCAGCAAUACACUGACUGCUUCAUGUCCUCUCAGUUCAAUUCUAUGGAUAAGAUUAUCCUCAUGAACCAAGAGUGAGUGUCCUGAUUUAUAGACUGUGCGCAAAGUCUCAGAGCUUACAUGGAAGUCAGACUCCUAAUUCACACAUGCAGUAGCUCCUACAAUGCAUGCAACUGGCUUUCUGUCUGUAAAUUCUGAGAUUGUCUCCUGAGUCGUUUGUUAGCACAUGAUAUGCGUGCCUGAAUUUAAUGCGACUCAUGGUUUUUGGGUUUUUUGUAUUUUUUGUUUUUUUUUGUUUUUUUAUACACAGAUAUUUAAAGAUAUGCGUAAUCCCUUCUAGAUUCUUGUCUAUUAAAGGGACACUCUAGGUAGUGUAAUCACUUCAUCUCGUUGUAGGGGUUAUAGUACCUAUAGUCUCCUUGUAUCAUUCCUCUGUUCAGUGAAUAGUUAAAGGACCACUGUAGUGCCAGGAAAACAAACUCGUUUUCCUGGCACUAUAGUGCCCUGAGGUUAAGUGAGGGUGCCCACCCUCAGGGUCCCACUCCUGCCGGGCUGGAUGGAGAGGAAGGGGUUAAACACUUAACUUUCUCCAGCGCCGGGCUCCCUUGGUGCUAGAGACUCUCCGCCUCCUUUCCCCGUCAUCAGCUGAAUGCGCAUACGCAGCAAGAGCCACGCGCGUAUUCAGCCAGUCCAUAGGAAAGCAUUCUCAAUGCUUUCCUAUGGACGUUGCUGUCUUCUCGCUUUGAUAAUCACAGUGAGAAGCGCCUCUAGUGGCUGUCAAUGAGACAGCCUCUAGAGGCUAGAUUAACCCAAAAGUUAUCUCUGAAACGAUGUGUACAGCAGGCAGGGUUAACCCUAUGUGGUCUUGGUGCCUACAGUGGUCCUUUAAUGUUAAAUGUCCAUUUCAGCCAGGCCCCUCUGUGCUACUUAAGCUAAUGAGGAAGCAUUGGUCAAAGCAUCAAUGGACAGCAUGCGUAGACGAAGAGCAUUAAGCACUAUAUUUGAUUACUCCGAAUAGCGGAGUUUCUCAGGUUUGAGUUAAGAGUUAAUGAUUUGUGUUUUCCUUUGCAGUGAAAUCAAGCAGCUCGGCAUACGGCUCCCGGGACACCAGAAACGGAUUGCUUUCAGUAUCCUGGGAUUAAAGGAGCAGGCUAGUACCAUGGGGAUCCCAAUCUGAACCUCCAGUUUAGCACAAGAACCCUAAGCAUUAAAGGAUCAGUGAGGUGCAACAGUACCUUCAUGAAGCUCCAGUUUCCAUAUCUUCUGUGACCAAAAUAAGAACCUCCUUCCAUGGCCCCAGAAACAUGGGCAUACUUGAAAUUAAACGCAUUGGGUUCCAGAGCAGGAUGCGAAUUGUAAAGGGUUGGUGAAAGGAAACACCAGCGCACAUGGGCAGUCCAGUCUGUGGACCCUCAUGUUCUGUGUAUGCUUUGUAAUGGUGCAGUCAUGCCAGUGUGCACUUCAUAUAGACUGCUACAGGGAUAGGGAGCAGAACACACACACCUCAUUAAGACUGUAGUGGAUGUGAUUGCAGUAAGGCAUUUCAGGAGCUGAUAUCCAGACGCCCACUGGACAUCCAUCGGCUCUUGCAUUUCUUUUAUCUUUUUCUUCCUGUGUGUAAAUCCUUAAUCAUUCUAAAGGCCAUUCCUGCAGAAUGCAGUGCGUUUGCUGGACUUGAGAGAGCACUUUGAUUUUUAUUGGACUUAAAGUUUAUAAAGACCAGCCCUCUGACAUCCUUCCGGAUCCAAAGUGAGGGGAAGACGCAAAACAUUUGGCCAGUUACAAGACUUCAGCGCAUUCCCCAUAAAUUACAAGCUUGGCAACAGCUGAGAAUAUAAUUCUACAUAUUUUCUUUUAGAAACAGUUUAUUACAGCUGAUGUCUGUUUGAAAUGGUACAAGAGACAAGUUCACUUUGACUUUUUUUUUUUCUUUUCUAUAUUAACCUGCCUGAGGGCAAAUCAGAAUUAUUACAUUGAGUCUGGAUAACUUUUCCUUCCACAGAAGCUUCCCAGUUCCCUCAUACAGAUACAUCAGUGAGCUGCUGUCCAGGCCUUACACCCUAUUCCAAAAUAACAAUUUUAACCUUUUUGUAUUCUCAAAGUGAAGAUGAUAGUUGGGGCUGUGCACAUAGAACAAUUCUUGAUCGCUGUUAUAAAAGUGGAGCAAUCGCUUUGGAAACCUAUAGAAUGUUCAAAUUUUUACAAGUUUUUGCUACAGAAUUGCUCCUUAUACCAAGCCCCUAAGAGUUUGUAAUGGACAUUUGUUAGACAGUGUGUGAAAAUCAUUAUUCAUCAUAUGUGCACUUCUGUCAAACAGAGGGAUAAUCUGCUUUUUAAGCUAUUCAAUGGCCUGUUAUCUUUGUGCACUAAUCCGCACCGAGUUUUUGUGACUUAAACAUACACACUUACUGUCUGUACCUACCAAGAGCCCUACUGAGUAAUAACCCAGACAUUUUCUGUUGUACGGCCCCAAGAAAAAAAAAAUAUUUUUUUGUUCUAUUUUGCAGAUUUUUACAGUGUAAUAUAACAAAAUUAUAGAGCGAACGAUGUGUUAUGUUUCAAUUUUAUAUUUUUGGGAAGGCAAUUACCGACAAGUGCCUUGUUUCACAUGUCAGAUUCUUCAUUUUCCUUAUUUUAUUUUUAUAAUUUAUUUCUGCUGUGCCUUGUUUUUGUAUUAAGAGUUGCGCUUAAUGCUCAGUGUUAAUACGGUUUGUCCGAAUUAUUUAUUUUUUUAUAUUUAUUGAUAGACCUCUGAAGGCUGGUUGUAAUUUUCUCUGAAAUAAACCUGCAUAUUAGUUUUUCAAAAGAA